AUGUUCAGAAAAUAUCCGGAGUUGGAGGUGAAAUUUUUCGACAUGACCCUCGACAAUCCGAUCGGCUUGGCUGCCGGCUUCGACAAAGACGCGGAAGCAGUUAGUGGCUUGACGAAAGCUGGUUUCGGCUUCGUGGAAGUAGGUACUGUAACUCCACUUCCUCAAGUAGGAAAUCCUCAGCCGCGAAUAUUCCGUUUGACGGAAGAUCACGCGGUGAUAAACCGUUGUGGCUUCAACAACGCCGGCUAUGAACAUGUGGCAGAGAACCUCCGGCGAUUUUGGGCUUCUUCUUCACUUUCGAAGGUCAGCCGUAAUGGUAUCAGCACGGCGGUUUGUGUAGGCGUAAGUUUGGGAAAGAACCGCGACUCGACGGACUUUGUCUCUGAUUACUGUUCCGGUCUGGAGAAAUUCGACUCGCUCGCCGAUUACUUCGUCCUCAACGUCUCCAGCCCAAAUACCUAUGGUCUCAGAAAUUUACAGUAUAAAAAAGAUCUACAGGUGCUGCUUAAGGCCGCUGCGAAGGUGCGCGCGGCGAAUCCCGUGUUGCAACAGAAGCCAGUUCUGCUGAAGGUAUCUCCGGAUCUGACUGAAGCGGAGAAGAAGGAUAUAGCUGCGCUGUGCUUGGACAAACGCAGUAGUAUCGACGGUCUCAUCAUCAGCAACACGACCAUCUCGAGACCAGCAACCUUGAGAAGUGGACUGUCUGGUGAAUUAGGAGGACUCAGCGGUGCUCCUUUGAAGUAUUUGGCUCUGCAAUGUGUACGGGACUUUUAUCGACUGACCAAAGGUAAAGUACCAAUUAUCGGCUGUGGUGGAAUCGAAAGCGGCAAGGAUGCGUAUGAUUUCAUAAAGGCCGGCGCUUCACUCGUCCAGCUCUACACUGCCAUCGUCUAUAACGGUUUUCCGGUGGUGGGUACCGUAAAACGCGAGCUGUCCGAACUGUUGAAGCAAGACGGGUUCUCGCGUGUUGAAGAUGCCGUUGGUACCUAUUCGAAAGGACCUUAA